AUGACGACUCGCAAGAGAAAGCAAGAGACUGAGGAGGAGCUCCAGGCUCUUCCUAGCGAUGAAAGCGAAGAGGAGGAGGAGUAUGAAGACUCCGAACCCGAAGUAGAGGAAGGGAGCGACGAGGGUGAACAGGAAGAAGUCGAGGGAGAGUCGGAGUCGGAUGAAGACGAGGAGGACGAAGAAGAAAAAGAAAAAGAAACUAAAGAUAAAGGUCCUCCAGCCAAGAAACAAAAGACCGAACCCGUUGUUGUCGAUGAUGAUGAGGGUGUCGAGGUCGUGGAGAAUGGUGCAAAUGGUGAAAAGAAGGAGGAGGAAGAGGAGGAGCCUGUUGUAGAGGAGGCCGAGGAAGAGGAUGUUGGUGACACUGCUGAGAAGAGUGGUCCUGCUGCAGCUGCCGCUGAGGAAAAGGCCGGUGUUAUUCCCAAAGAGUCGGACUUGCCUGAGGUUGAGGAGGCUGAGAAGGGGGAGUGA